GCAAAAAUUAUCGAGGAAAAGGACCCUCCUUCACCAUUUCCCUCAAACCCCUAAAUUUUGACAUGAUCAAUUAUCCCAAUUGCCAUGAUAUAAUCUUGGAAGUAAUAAUACAGCAAACACCAAGAAUAUAAUAUGUUGUUUAAUCAUCAUUACAACAAAAUUGGUUGCAGAUUGAUAAGGUAGCAUCCUAAUUAUGUUCUUUGAUUUGUUUUAUCCUAGUCAAUUGGCUUCUCUAUGCGACGACAGAUUCUUGUCAAGAUAGCAGAUUUAUAUUAUUUUUUUCUGGUCCUACUCUUUAAUCCAUCGUCUUCUGAAAAGGCCAAUUCCAUCUGCAAUGUAAUCUUUGUUUAGAAUAAGAAAAAACGGAAACUGUCAUGUUAUUUUGUUAUGGCUCAGGGCAGAAUAAAUAUUGGGAUAUUGACAUUUGAAUAGGUCAAGAGAUGCUGAUUUUCUGCAAAGGUUUUUGACAAUGUUCAAAUUACAAUUUGAAUUUGAGGCUUUCAUGAAUCAGAAACAAUUGGAAGAGAAUCUUACCGAGGAAAAUGCUAUUCAUAAAUUUGGAGAGGACUUUGCAACUUGUAUUUACGUAGCCAAAGUUGCACAAUUUUUUCAUGCUAUAACAACAACGUGGUCCAAGAAUCUGAGCAGCCACGCCCUUUACAUUGUAGUCGAAAACCUUUCUGAAGAAACACAUUUCACAUGCAAAAUAGACCUAAAAUCUUGGCAAUUUUGGGGUAAGAAGGGUUUAAAAUCAUUCAACGUAGGUAAAAAGCGUGUGGAUAUUUAUUGGGAUUUGAGGUCUGCCAAAUUGUCUAGCCGGCCAGAGCCUGUCUCUGAUUAUUAUGUGGCAUUGGUCUCAGAAGGAGAGAUGGUAUUAUUAUUAGGUGAUCAAAAUAAAGAAGCAUUCAAGAGAACAAAGUCAAGACCAGCUUUUGUGGAUGCUGCUUUAGUGCACAAGAAGGAAACUGUAUAUGCAAAAAAAUAUUUUUGCACUAGAACAAUAUUAGGGCAAGGGAAAAAGCAACAUGAUAUUACUAUUGAGUGUGUCAUUUCAGGGCCAUCUGAUCCUGCAAUAUGGAUUAGUGUGGACGGGACCGUAUCAAUCCGAAUUACUAAUUUGCAUUGGAGAUUUAGGGGAAAUGAGACAAUUUUUGUGGAUAAUGUACGUGUGGAGAUAUUCUGGGACGUGCAUGACUGGUUGUAUAGUGGCCCUCGCUCUGGCCCUGGGACAUUCAUUUUCAAACAAGAUAAUGAAGGUAGUGAUAAAUUGGAAGGCAGAUAUUCAAAUUCUGAAGGUUAUAUUAGUGAUGGAAGCUCUAAUUUGCAAUCUGUGUGCACGGAAUUAUGGCAUUUUCUUUAUGCAUGAAAGAUUGAAUGACUUGACUAUAGUCUCAUCGGGUUAAAAUUGGAACAAUACAAAGAAGUCUAAAUGAGUAGCUUUGGAGUUGUGAGACCACAUCCGAAUGUGUUACUACUCUACCAAUGUUGACGAAGCUGGAUUCCAUGUUUUAAGCAAAUGGAGUAUGUGUUUUCUUAGGCUUUUUGUAUAUUGAUCAACUUAAAACAAUUCAACUUGUUUGCCCUGGCUGACCUGAAUAUAUUAGAUUUUCCAAUUGUUGGAAUUUUCUUAGU